AUGGAGCGCUCGCAGAGCCGCAUCAGCCUGUCCGCGUCCUUCGAGGCGCUCGCCAUCUACUUCCCCUGCGUCAACUCCUUCGACGAGGACGACGGAGUGGAGCCGGACGGGCGCAAGUUGAAGGGGGCCAUCCAGAGGAGUACGGAGACGGGCCUGGCGGUAGAGAUGCCCAGCCGCACGCCGCGGCAGGCGAGCCACGAGUCCAUCGAAGACAGCAUGAACAGUUACGGCUCCGAGGGAAACCUCAACUACAGCGGCGUGUGCCUGGCCUCCGAUGCCCAGUUCAGCGAUUUCCUGGACGGGAUGGGACCGGCGCAGUUCGUUGGCCGGCAGACGCUGGCCAUGACGUCCAUGGGUGACGUGGAGAUCGGCCUGAUGGAGAGGAACGGAGGUCUGGAGGUGGAGGUGGUCCAGGCGAGAGGACUCACCAUGAAAGUGGGCUCCAAGGGGCCUCCCGCGGCCUACAUUAAAGUCUACCUGCUGGAGAAUGGCGCCUGCGUAGCCAAGAAGAAAACCAAAUCAGCCAGGAAGUCCUUGGACCCUCUUUACAACCAAGUGCUGGUCUUCUCCGAGAGCCCACAGGGGAAGGUGGUCCAGUUGAUUGUUUGGGGCAACUACGGGCGCAUGGAGCGCAAAUGCUUCAUGGGGGUGGCCCGCAUCCUAUUGGAGGAGCUGGACCUGAGCAGCACGGUGAUUGGCUGGUACAAGCUGUUCCCUACCUCGUCUAUGGUGGAGCCCACCAGCGCCCCCCUCAUGCGGCACUCGUCGCAGAUGUCACUGGAAAGCGCCGUGGGGCCAUGUUGCGAGCGACCCUGA